AGCGUCCAGACAAAUUGGAUUAGCAGAAAUAAUUAGAAACAAAAUGUUUUUCAAGGUAGUAACCCUCAUAGCACUCUCAGCCGCCACUGCCAGUGCCGGACUCGCCGACUACUCUUCACACUCGCACACGCAAGCUAUCACGUACCCCACUGGCCACGUGGCUGCCCCCCUCGCACAUACAUACGCCGCCCCCAUUUCACACCAUCACAGCUACUCCGCCCCAAUUGCUCAUCACCAAGCGUACGCUGCCCCCUUAGUACAUGCCGCCCCAGUAGUGGCUCAUGCUGCCCCCGUGCAUUAUGGAGGACAUCAUGCUCAUCAUGAUGUGGACUACUAUGCUCAUCCUAAAUACGAAUUCAAAUAUGGAGUGCAAGAUGGACAUACAGGAGACCACAAGAGCCAACACGAGGAAAGAGACGGUGACGUAGUAAAGGGAUACUACACAGUAGCUGAGCCCGACGGUACCCUAAGGACUGUCCACUACACCGCUGACGACCAUAACGGUUUCAACGCAGUGGUCGAGAAACAUGGACACCCUGUCCAUCCCGCUCCUGCAAAGACCAUCUACGCUGCUCCAGUCAAAGUGCUGUCUGCAGGACAUGACUACUACCACCACUGAUUUGCCAUGAAGUAUUAGG